GCAGCGUCGCAAGCUACAAAACUGUAGGUAAAAAUGUACAACUCUACAUCCACGGACGGGUCAGACUUCGAAGAUGAUUUGGCGGAAUUCGUCCGACUUUUUCCCGCCAUUUCUCUGUGCACCUGUCAUAACCAUGGCAACCGUCAGGAUGUCGUCUGCGAGGACCUAGCAACCGAGUCUGUUUUUGGCGCGAGUCCAGAGCUCUCACCUUCCGAAGAGAAGGUGCGCAGGACGCUUUCGAGAAGGACUUCUCGGAGUGGAAACGAACCCGUGACUCCUGGUACACCGUCCAGCAAGCACAGUCGUAUCCCGAUGCCGAGUUUUAAAUCUCCGCCAGAAGAGUCAAGCUCGCCGGAGAGUACUAGUGACGUCAGCCCGUCACCAGUCAGCUCAUCCGGCACCUCCGAUUCGAGAUCGAGAAAAGCAAGCUCCUCUAGUGACCUGUCCAGCUUUGCGAACAUGGAGAGAGAACUCCGAUGCCCGGUGUGUUCCGAGUUCUUCACUCAGCCCUUGGUCCUGCCCUGCCAGCACAACAUCUGCCACCGAUGCGCCAAGGAGAUCCUCUACCGGGACAGUCCUGAAACCCUGCCGGGAGGGCCGCUCUACAGCGCCGUACAGAGCCCGCUGAAGAGCCCGCUGCCUGCCAAAGUGAGACGGGGUUCAACGCCCGGGCCUCUACAAAGGGCUGCCUCCUUCCGCCGGAAGAACAGUAGCUCCAGAUUAUCCACCCCGACCGGGCCCAAGUCUCCCCCGCCGCUGAAAGAGUUCCCCUGCCCAAAGUGCCAGGAAGGGGUGGAGCUCGGGCCAAAGGGCAUCAAUGGAUUAUACAGGAACUUCAUUCUGGAGACGAUCGUGGAGAGAUACAAGUUCCAGGCCAGGAAAGCCGGCGCUAUCGCCUGUCAGUCAUGUAAGCCCCGCCCACCUGCCGACGCCACAAAAACAUGUCUGGACUGUCAGGCCAGCUUCUGUAAUGAGUGCUUCAAGACUGUGCACAUCUGGGGGACUCCAAAGGCACAGCAUGAGUAUGUCGGUCCUACCUCCAGCUUCCGCCCGAGGGCGCUUCUGUGCGUCGAACACGAGACAGAAAAGGUCAGCAUGUACUGUCAGGCGUGCAAGAGACCCGUCUGCCACCUAUGCAAAUUGGGAGGAUCGCACGCAAACCACAAGUUUCAUCAUAUGAACACCGCAUACAAAAACAUCGAAGAGAAACUGCGAUCCAGUUUGCAGAUUUUGAAGGACAAACAGGAAAAGGUAGAAGAACAAAAACGUGUGGUGAUGGAGAAGAGGGAGAACAGCAAGAAAGCAGCCAGUCUGGUGAAGGACAACAUCAUGAAAGCCUUUGACUCUCUACAUGCUAUUCUGGACGACCGGAAGUCAGUCUUGUUAGAGAAAGCAGAAAAGGUCAUGUCUGCACAAGAAAGCGAACUCGACGCUGCUCUCGCGCAAACUCGCGAGAUGAUGGGGGUCUCGGGGCUGAUUGAGUACGUAGAACAAGUUCUGAAGGAGAACAACCACGCCUGCUUCCUCCAGACCGCCACGGGACUAUGUAAAAGGGUUAAAGAAGCGACAGAGAUGAAACUUCCGACAGACUUGGACGUGACCUGCGAGUCACUUACACUCGACGUCAGAAGGGAGGAGGAGCUACUUUCUCAGCUGGACUUUCUGCAAGCUCCAAACAAGGUUGACUUGUGUAAGGACGGCAUAGUGGCUGAGGAUGGACAAGCAGACGUUACCUGGAACCCUCUACCCGCCAAUUCUCCCCCCGUCGACUCUCUACACGUGCAGUACUGGAAAAUGGCGGCGGUAGGUCUCGCCGACUUGCAUGAUGGGACAUCAGAGGUACCGACGCACGCGCAGACGAUCCGUUGCGAUGACGUCAUUUCCGGUCGGUGCGAGCUGUCCGGGUUAGAGUCGGGUGCGUGGUAUGCUUUCCGCGUGCGCGCCUGCAACGGGGCGGGUCCCGGGCCGUGGAGCGACAUCGGGACCGUUAGGACAUCGCCUGAUCUACGUUUCGAUCUUGAGGAUAACUACGACCAUGAUGCUCUGCGAGCCGACAUCAAAGGACGCGCCGUCACUUCCGUCCUGCAGCCGGCCAAGCUUCGUCCUGACAACGCCGUCAAUUACGUCGUUACCAUGGAAACGCAUUACGUCACCGGUGACGUCAAGAUCGCCGGUGGCCACCAUUACUGGGAGGUUGGCGUGGCCGGUAACAGUUUUCUGGUGUGUGUCGGUGUCGCCGACGAGGGAGCGAUCCAGACCGAGCUCCGCCGACAGAGCGACGCGGACAGCGGCCAUGACAGUUGUGACGAGAACGACACCGUCGGCGUCACGAACGCCAUGGCAACCGUCACGGUUACCAUGGGAACGUUGGAGGGCGUUGAUAAGAGCGUCACGCGUUGCCAUGGUGACGGCGGAUCACGUGUGGGCAUCUUUGUGGACGCCGACGAAGGCAUCGUCCGUUUCUAUGACGUCACGUCGAAGAAGAUGGUGAAGGAAUGUUGUGUGGACGCGGGAAAAGUUUUCGUUCCUCUGAUUGGUCUGUGCGGGCCAGGAACAGUCCAUUACUAGAUUCAGGGGGAGAAAUUAGAAAGAAGAGA